AUGAUCAAAUUCACCAUCGCAAAUCUCAUCAACAUCAAGUAUGUGUUCGCCAUGGUAGCAAUUCUUAUUUUCACUUGCUUGGCAAUCGGUUUAUCUGUCGAUGAAUGCGGUUGCAUUUUCUCUACUAAUUGCCGGUUAAACAACUACAUCUAUGAACAAAUGACUGGCCUCAUGGCCACAUCCCUUACACUAUUCAUGGUUGGCGCUAUCAUCUCCAUUGCAGCCGUCUUCAAUUGGAAUAGAUGGGUCACCAUUGGUAAUUUCAUAGUAAUUCUACUUGGCGCCAUUUUUAUGCUCGCUGCUCUUGCCAUCUUCUAUCGGGAUUUCCACUUCUGGGCCACUCUUAUGGGUGGAAUCGCAAUGACCUUGUCGUUUGAGACUGCUGCCUUUUUGCUCAUUGACCUGUUGACGAAGGGAACGGUUGUGGUUGUACGGGAAACACUUCCACAAUAA